UCGUCAUUGUUUGUUUGCUGACAAAUAUGGCAAGGAGACUGACCAGGAACCAAGGCCUAUUAUAUGCAGCCCAACCUGGAAAGCCACUUCCAGAAGACGCUCUCUCUGCUACCGGUCCUGUCUCUCUUGCUGAGGAGAGAAAUGACGGGUUAAGAACAGCAAGGACAGAUCCUGCAACAGAUCCAGAGACAUCCUGUCUGAAGGUCGUCAUCCUCCUCACAAGGUUUGUGUCAUCCGUGACGACUAGACCAUCUGCAUCACUCACAAGCAGCCAACCCACAGACUCCUAUAUUCCCAGUUGUGCUGAAGAGGGCUACUUCAAGCCAACCCAGUGUCACUGCAGCACCUGCCAAUGUUGGUGUGUGGACAAAUGACACCAACAGAACUGAAUGAAUCCAGAAAACGAGCAAGGCUACAAGACUGAAUUGAGCUUAGUGUAACAAAAAGAUCACAGAAUAUAAAACUCACAGAUUUGUUUAAAGAUGCAAAGAUGAUUUGUCAUAUAUUUGUUGUUUUUUAAAUCAAAUUAUGUGAUAUAUUAUUCAAAUGUGCAAUCAUCAAAUCGAAAAAAAAACACCACUUUUCCUGUGCCUUAAAAAUAAACAUACAGUAUUAUCAGUGAAUUAACAAAUCAACUGUUGGAUUCUGGGAAUACUCCUGUCUACGCAAAAUAUGUCGGUCUCUCUCAGAGUUAGCUCUUUGAACUAGGUAGAGUGCUGUGAGACUGUCAUCUUUCUGCUUGUGUAAUCUGGACUGCUGGAGACAGCCUGCAGAGCUUCUCUUUAAACAUUACACUGAAACAUAGUGAACAUCACGGUUACAAGUGAACUCUCUUUUAAAGGCAUGUCACAAAGUAAUAUGUGGGUGGCACAGAGGACACUGACUAUUUAAAGGUCUCCUAAGCAUUUUAGACCACGAAAAGGCCCCAAAGACUGCGAAACAAACUCACAAGAACGAUCCUAUGUACAGUAUACUGUACAUGAACUAGAUCUUGGUCAUGUCAUGCAAACAUUUUUGAAUGUAAGUUCAGUGAGUUUUUCCAAUAUUUUAUCUGUCAACUUCUGAAAAGAAAACAGGGUCUUUUUGCCUAAAUGAACUUUUAUCUGCUAGCCAUACAUUUACUCUGCUUCUUCACAGUGUCAUGCUGUGUACCUAGCAUUUAAUCUGCUUGUGGGUGGGAGAAUUGGGUUUUUAACUGUGGGGACAUUGUGCUAGGGAAACUGUGAGACUGGCUGCACAUUACAAGGAGUAGUUGGAUUCAGUGUUAAAUAUAUAAAGUAUAUAUAUAGUGGGGAUUCGCUUGUUUAGCAAUAUGCUAAUUUACAGUUACAGUUCAGGCCUUAAAGUAUAUUAAAUCUUUUAUUAAUAGAAAAAUAUCUCUGGGGUAAACAAA